AUGAAAUUUUAGGUUUUCAUUUUGUUAUUAGGUUUAGUUAUUUGUGAAUAGCUUCAUGCUUAAAGUAAUUUAAGAUAUGAGUAUUAAUUUGCACCAUGGAGUUUAGAUUGCACUAACAAAUGUUAAAGUGCUGGAGGAGUUGUUUGUGGAUAUGAAACAUAAGUUUGUUGUAGAUCAGUAUUUUUAUCUAUUAUAAAAUAAGGGUAAAUGCUUAAAACAUUGGAAGUCUGAGACAUGUGACACUUGGGAUAAAAUCCAUAUUUUAAAUUGUGUGCCAGGUCCAAGUAGCAAAUAAUGAUAUUAAAAAUUAUCAUUUUAAAAUAUUAAUUGAUAAGAAC